AUGAGUGCUACAGCAAAACCGGCGGAUGAGCGGGCGCCGCUACUUGGACCUCAACCCAGUACAGUUGAUGCGGGUAACGAAUAUCUGCCCGACAGCGAAAUUGAAGAUGACUCGGGCCACAUUUCAGCAUCAAGGGCGGCGAUAUGCGUGGUUGCUCUGGGAUCAUUGAUUUUCCUACAAGCCACAAACAUCUCGCUCUUGACCACAACGCAAUCUACAAUUGCAGCUGAUCUCGAUGCUUUUGAGAAGACGAGCUGGUUCACAUCUGCAUACCUCAUUGCUGUAUCAUCGACAUCACCCUUGACUGGAAAACUUAGUCAACUUUUCAGUCCAAGAAAUUGCAUCAGCGCGAGUGCGAUGAUCCUCGGUUUGGGUGCGCUUCUUACUAGUUUCGCCCACUCGUUCACCACAUUCAUCCUAGGUCGCAUUGUCACUGGUAUUGGCGCUGCUGGAGUCUUCACAGUAUCAAUUAUUGUUGUGCUUGAGCUCAGCGGACCUACCAAGCGUGGGGCUGUGAUUGGUGUUUUGAACUCUGGAUUUACUGUCGGUGUUGCUGUUGGAGCGACAGUGGCAGGCGCGUUGGUGAAUAAGGUCGGCUGGAGAGCGCUCUUCUGGAUGCAGACUCCCCUUGCCGUUGUCGCUGGUGGGGCCCUGUAUCUGGCCAUUCCUACUCAAUUUUCUGCUGCUAGAGGAAACAGCAAGGAGAGCAUCUGGAAGAAACUGGGAACGCUCGACUACCUAGGCGCCACGACUUUGACUGUCGGCAUUGUGCUGCUCCUCUCGGCACUCUCGAACCCUCGCAGUAUUCCGAUUUUGCCUAUCAUCUUCAGCAUCGUCGCUUUGGCAACGUUCAUUCUCAACGAGAUGUAUCUGGCUACAGACGCAAUCAUUCCAGUUACGCUGCUCAAGUCUCGUGGUAUGGCGUUUACUUGUCUGAGUACUGUUGGAUUCAUGAUGGCCCGCUGGAGUGUCCUCUUUUUCACGCCUACCUACACCCUCGCAGUCCGUGGCUGGGCUCCUGCAGCCGCUGGCAGUAUUCUCAUCGCUACGAACGGCGGGUUCGCUCUUGGAGGCAUACUCGUCGGCGUUUUCCACAUCCGUCGCCAAGGAAGUUUCUGGAUCGCUUGUGUGAUUGUGUAUCUUUUGUUCCCUAUCACACUUGUCGGCAUCGCCAUGCUAUCGACUGCGGCAGCGUCUUCAUCGUUGUACAUCCUACUGCUCUUCUUGAACGGCCUUACCGUCGGUGCUGCGAUGAACUACACGCUUGCUCAUCUCUUGCACUUGACACCAGCAUCCACACACUACAUUGCCACCUCUCUGAUUGCCACUUUCAGAGGCUUCGCUGGAUCCUUCGGUUCAGCCAUCGGUGGUGGCUUGUUCACUCGCAUACUGAGAAAGUCACUCGAGGAGAAGUUCGACAAAAGUGAUGCAGAUCUUGUGCGUCGACUGUUAGGCAGUCCUGCGAUGGUCAGUCUCCUAAAGGGAGCCAACAAGGCGAAAGCCAUUGCUAGUUACGAAGAUGCAUUGAGAGGCUUGUUCCUGGCUGCUGCUGGUCUUGCAUUGAUCAUGGUGCUUGUACAGGCUGCAACUGGGUGGAAGGGUGUAGAAGAUGAGCCAGAAAGUCAAGAUAGCGAGGAGGAGAUUUCGCAGUAG